UGUCCGGGCAGAGCUGGGUUCUUGCUUCAACAGUGUUUGAACGGAAUCGGCUCCACUCCACCUCUUGCCCUCCUCUUCUUCUUCUUCUUCCUCCGUCUAGAACCAGCCUCUUCCCAUUUCUCCCUUGCUCCGCUUCCUAGGGAGAGAAAGAGACCCACCCACUGACUGACUGCCAGCCUUCCUUCCUUCCAGACAAAAUGGAGUCCCAGGUCCGCCAGAACUACCACCGCGACUGCGAAGCUGCCAUCAACCGCAUGGUCAACAUGGAGCUCUAUGCCAGCUACGUCUACCUCUCCAUGUCCUCCUACUUUGACCGGGAUGAUGUUGCCCUUCAACACGUUGCCAAAUUCUUCCGGUCACAGUCACAUGAAGAGCGGGAACAUGCUGAGAAGCUGCUGAAGUUCCAGAGCCAGCGUGGUGGCCGGGUACUUCUGCAAGAUGUCAAGAAGCCAGAAAAGGAUGCUUGGGGCACAACUCUUGACGCCAUGGAGGCAGCCCUUCAACUAGAAAAGAGUGUAAACAAAGCACUCCUGGAUUUGCACAGACUGGCAAGCGAACAGGGAGACCCACAUCUGUGUGAUUUCUUGGAAACACACUACCUUGACGAACAAGUCAAAGCCAUUAAAGUCCUGGGUGACUACAUUACCAACCUCCGUCGGCUGGGAUCCGCCCAGGGUGGGCUUGGAGAAUAUCUCUUUGACAAGCACACCUUGGGGGAGAGCAGCAGCUGAUCGUGUCCCCAGUUCCUGUGACCGCUCCCUCCGUGAACCCACAGAAACCAACCCACUUCCAUCACAGUUGCCGUGCCCCAGUCAAGUGGGGAUGUGUACCUGCCAUCUCUCAGUUGGCAUGCUUCCAAUAAACAAGGGUUCACCAGUUUAAA